AUGGAUGAAAAGAAAGUGCGAGUUGCCGAUCCUCCACUACUUAAUCGAUUUGAAAAACAAAAAAUGUCAAUUAAUGACGUAGUUAAUACUAGACAAAAAUCACUUGUAGUAAAGUUGGGUGACUGGGCAAGACGCAUGUCAACUUUAGUUGGAGUUAAUGAAAUAAAUAAAUCGCAAAAUAAUGAAUUUACGCAGAAAGAUCUAUUUAUCGGUUUUAACGAAGAUGAAACUUUACAAAGUUUAGUCGUUGACUCUACAAAGAAUAAUCCAGAAGUUAAGGAUGAAGAGAUUCUAAUAAAAUGUAAGGAGCGUCUAAUAGCAAUAGCAACUUCUGAUGGAAUUGUGAGAGCCGAACAAUCAAUGUUAGAACAAGACGAAAUCGAACAAUGGAAACAA